AAUAUACUACAACAUAGUACAUUAUACAGUACUACUUUUUACUUACGCCACAUCAACCACGCCGACAUGACAACACAUUUUGGAUUAUUGCGGGAUAUUUACAGGAACUUUAUUUUGGUUCUUCAGCUGGAAAGUGUCUGACAUCCCAACUGUCAACCGCCAAGUAUGGACCACGUGAGCCUCGGAGUUCAGUCAUGUUAUCUUUGAGCCGCUGGAAUUGUUCAUCGUCGCCGCUUGUCCCUCACUUGUCCAAUGUCAGCGUCGGUAAAGCGAAGGCCAGGGCGGCGCUGGAGGAGACGUCCCAGCAGGCCAACCUCACCACGGGCGGCGUCAUGGUGGUGGUGUUCCCCAUGACGCUGGGCAUCGUCUCCAACAUCGUGGCUCUCUUCAUCCUGGCCAACGCCUACUCUCUGCAGCGUCGACGCUCCAAAGCCACGUUCCUCCUGUUUGCCACCUCCCUGGUGGUGACCGACUUCAUCGGUCAUGUGAUCCCGGGCGCCCUGGUUCUGAGACUCUACCUUUCCGGUGGCGCACGCCCUGAGGACUACCGGUCCUCGGAUGGCCUGUGCCAGUUCCUGGGAGGCAGCAUGGUGUUCUUCGGCCUGUGUCCGCUCUUCAUGGGCUGUGCCAUGGCUGCAGAGCGUUGCCUGGGCGUCACCAAGCCGCUGCUGCACUCCUCCUUGGUCACGGGCACCCGCACUAAAAUGUGUCUGUGUGUCAUCUGGCUGGCCGCGCUGUGUGUGGCCCUGUUGCCGUGGUUACAGCUGGGCUCCUACACCUACCAGGACCCGGGCACCUGGUGCUUCAUUCAAGUUCUCAGCGACAUUCAGCAGGCGGACGUGGCCUUCGUGGCGCUUUUCUCUGGGCUGGGCUUGGCCGCCCUCGCCGUGGCGGUGGUGUGCAACACCGUCAGCGGACUGACCCUGGUUCUGGCUCGCCUCAGGAGGAACCCCGGGUCGCAUCAUUCGGCCAGGUCACAUGACAUAGAGAUGGUGGUACAGCUGGUGGGGAUCACAGUCACCUCCUGUAUCUGCUGGUGCCCUCUGCUGAUCUUUGGCCUGACGUCCGCCAUCCACUCCUACACAGGACCCAUUGGAGAGCAGGACCUUCCCGGCUACAAAAUGUUGAUGGUAAUGGGUGUGAGACUGGCCACGUGGAAUCAGAUUCUGGACCCUUGGGUGUACAUCUUGCUGCGCCGCACCGUCCUACGGAAAAUUUACCUCAUUGCAAAAUGCCAAGCCGGCCUGGGGGGGAACAUUUUUGGCUGCUUGGACUCUGCAUCUCCUCCCCAGUCAGAGAAGAAUGAAGUCAACCAAGUCUAAGCUGGAAGGACCUCGUAAGAACUGGAAUAUAAGUUAUAAAAGGAGGACUACAAGGGGACAUUUCUGGGCUGGUCCACUUUGAAAAUGUUAUGCAUACGAGGAAAUGUAUCCCGUAUCUUUGUAGCAUUACUUUAUUUUUCUCACCUUACAAAUGGAAGCUAGCUAAAACUUUAAAUGCUGUGAUUUUGCACAAAACGUAAUGGUUAUAUUCAACAGUGGCACCACGGUUUUGGUUCGUAAUCCGUCCCAAAAAAAUGAACGAAAGGCAACAAAAGCUGAAUCGUACAAUUAACAUAUUCUGCUCCAUCCAUCCAAAAAUAUGAACACUAAACACAUUGUAUAGAAAAUAUUUUGUCAUGCAGAAAACAAUGUCAAAUACAAGUAAAUGACAAGUGAAAUAGAUAAAUGAAAAUUUGAUAUCACUUUUACUUUUAUUGAAGACUUGUGUUGGCCAAGACAGCGAUGAAUGGAGGGGGGUUUUAGCCACCUUAGUACUUUGCUUUGAGUUAUUUCUUGAAUCUAUAGUGUUUCUCACCUUCUUUAUCAAAGUGCUGGCACUCACAACUGUCUUUGACCCCAUUAGGGAUGGGUAUCUUUCACAUUUGACCAGAUAUGGUGCCAAUUCCUGGUACCUAGGAAUUUUUUGACUCACUUUUUGGUACUUGUGUGUGUUCAGGUGUUAAUAAAUAUUGAUUAUUAAUAAAAAAAAAUUUUUUUAUUUAACUUAACACUGAGCUGAUAUUGAUAACUGCACUGUCUAAUUGUUAUAUCUUGAUUUCGUACACGUCCGAGUCUCAUUUGUAAGUAUCAUAUAAUGGACUUUGCAUGCAGUUGCAAUUCCAAGAUGUUAGAUGGCAGUAGUGUAUAGACUACGGUGUGUAGCUGUAGUCAGGAAGUAUUUAUAAAUAAAGUUGGU